GACCCUCAACCAGAGUCAUGCUCAGCUUGACAGUCUUUUGAUGAAGAACAUGAAUUCUUGGCCAAUGCAAGGGUUGCCGGAAACUACACAGUCUCAGCAGACAUUGCCGUCUUCUUCACUGCGAAUCGAGAGUCCCUUGACCGCCUCAGAGAAGAAGCUCAAAAAGCAGCAACCACGCCAACUCCUGAGUUGCACGAAGUGCAGAGAACGGAAAAGCUUGACAACACAGUGUGAUCGUACGAAGCCAUGCUCGGCGUGUUGUGCUCGAGGGCUCCCAAAGGAGUGCCAUUUCGUUUUGGGUGAGGGGGCAGAUUUUGGUCCAAUACAACAGUCUCUAGAGCUCCGAAGAUUACGAGCAGAGAAUCAACGACUCAAGGAGCGUCUUUUGGCCGACAGGACGUCCCUUUCUGAGGACAGUGAGACCGAGGACGGAUCAUCAGGCGUCCGUACGGUGUCCACGGGACGACGACCAAGUCGACAGCGAAGGUUUCGCGCGAACGAUCAAACAGACAGUAUAUACUUCGGAUCUCCAGGACUGGCAAAUGUCAUCGCGGAUUUUGCAAAUUUAAACACGGAGCCAAAGUCUCUCUCACACGCUAUGCCUAGAGCAGCAGAUAUGUACACAACUCAAGAUGCGAUGUACCCUUUUCCGACACUGUGGCCUGCCAUGUCGCGCACUGAGGGGUUGUUGCAAUGCCUACCUCCGAGCGAGCAGCUCUUCAACUAUCUCGACUCGUUCAGCCAGAAAGCCAAAGGUUUCGCUUUCCCCUACGUACCCGAAGAGUUGACUCGAAAGGAGGUCGAACACUUUCUCAACAACGUACAAGAAAACGCGGAGAAAGUACCAGAUCUGCUCGCGCUCAUUUUCGCGGCACUGGCAUUAGGCGUACAGCUGGAUACGUUCGAAGGUCCUGAAGAGGCUCAAACCAGUGCCUCCAACACCCAAAGCCGCAAGGGUGAGAUAUUCUCUGUCGCCGCAAUGCAGGCUCUCCGUCUGGCAUCCUUCACUAGUCGCCCUACUCUGAGAGGCAUCCAGACUAUGACAAUGCUUGCCCCCUAUCUUACGAAUAGCGGAAGGUUUCUUGACGCCUGGUCGUUGUCGGGUAUGACAACCCGCCUGGCCCAUUCUAUUGGUCUACAUCGCGACCCUCGCUUCUUGGAUCCAGCUCCAUCGUUGCGAGAGUGCACCGUACGCAAAAAUCUAUGGUGGUGGUUACUGCACAUGGACCAAGAAUAUUCCAUGACUCUGGGUCGACCUUUGGGCAUCUCUGGAAUUGGGGAUUGCCCCCCUCCUGACCCACUCACAACAGAUCCAGUAGCUCUGCGGUUGAGCGAGUUCUUCGAUCAACUCACCAUUCUAGGUCGACAGAUACUGAGCAGUAACCAGCUCACAGACUCGAAGAUUGAUAUGUACACAGAUCGCUUGAUUGCUCUAUGGGAUACGAUGCCAGACUCAUUACAGUUCAACAAGUCUUGGAUCAAGGAAGAAACAGAAAUCCCAGAAUGGCCGAUGGAGACAAAGGCAACGAUAUCUUACUGCAACAUACACAACUACAUCAUCCUUCUGAACCGUCAGCGCAUCGAAAACAAUCGGAACAGUCCUGACUACCGACCAUCGUCACCCAGACCCCGACAAUUCAGCACCAUGCCUGAAUUCUUUUUCCAACCAGCAUCGCACCCAUCCUCGCCGAUACCUCUUAUACCCAGAGGUAGACCACUGGUGAUAGACUCUUCUCUAGCACUUUUAGACGCAUUCCGGUUCUUCCACAAACGUGUACCAUCGGCGCUCGUCGACUGGAAGAUAGGGCAACAAGCCUUCAACGCUUGCAUGAUCCUGUUGCUGGACGCCAUCGACUGCGAGAGUCUUGAACAUAUUGAAAGAGUAGAAGCGGCACACAUGAUAUUUGUCGAGAUGGACAAAGCGGAGAUGCAUCAACUUACGGGACUAGCAAUGUCUCGGAUAGCUGAAGGCCUGACACAUGUGCGAGAAGCGUAUGAGGCGCGUAAGAUGUCGAUGAAUUCCGAGGCAAUAUCUCCUAUGAGUGUGCGGAACCCACCAAAUGGGCAUGAUGCACACACUACGAAUCCAUUCGACUGGAGCAUGGGCCAGAAGCUGCGUUCGCACGACUUUUUGCACGAGUCCGUGAUGGGAGCAACUGGUAUGUUCCUGCUCGAGGACCAUGGCCUCCAGACCAGCACGUCUCGACCUAAAGCCUCGGCACCAAUGAAUGUUGUCCCGACGCCGACAAUCACAGUCGUUCCUUCCUCAGACCAAGCGAAUCACAAGACACACUUGUUUCCACAUGCCACACGAGUGGAACCACGACGAGACUCGGCACAUCCAGUGAUGUUUUUGCCUCCCAGCAGUCAUACACAGCAGCCACUAUUGCCUACAUAUCAACAUGCUCAUCCUACUCAAUACCCUCCAGGGAUGCAGCCGCCGCCAUCCUGGAAUAACACCGGAGUCUGGCAGAAUAUCGGACAACAUCCUCACCAUCAGAUUUAUACGCAGCCGAUAGCAAGAGGAGGACACCAUGCAAUACCGAACCAGCCAAAGCAGCAGCAGCAUCAAUGAUGGAUCGAGAGGGAUUUGUCCAGCAUAAUGGGAUCGCCGAUCAUCUUCCCAGAGAAACUCACGAAUAUUUAGGUCAGAUGCGAGAUCAUUGCCAAGUCACAAGUCCACGAAGUGUAGUCUAGAUAGACAUGAUGAAUAAACUUCUGUCAUCAAUUGCC